GCAAAAUUAUGGGAGAUGAAGGCUGGCAGAUUAGAGAAGGAAGAUUUACAAAAAUUAAAACAGAUUAAGAGAAAUGCAGUAAAAUGCACUCAUGAAAAUGUCAGAGAAAAAAUUUAUGAAAGUUUUAACUCAGCGGAAAAUUUUCUUGAAUUUAUUAAUAAUUGGGAGAAUAUUUCGGAUGGAGAUGAUUCAUUGAUUUUUUUAUUGCGGAUUUUGUCUACAUUAGAAAAUCAAAAUAUAUUUAUUGCCAAUAGUCAAAUUUAUGAAGCUUUGUGUUUCAACUCAAUUAAAUCUCACAUUGAUCCAAGAAUUUGUGAAAUUUCUUUUUUAAUUGUUUCAAAAAUUUGUAACACUACAGUUAGAAUUAUACAAGCAAUACAGUCUAAUUUUGACAUUUUUUUGUUUAGAUAUAUUUAUACUCUGAAUCCAUCACAAUACAAUGGAGAAACGCAAGCUUUACACUUUCUCUCCGUCUCCUUUUCUGUUUUACUUAAAACAAAUUUAUUUGAUCCUUUAUUAAUUAAUUGGUGGCGUUUUCGAUUUUUUCUUCAAAAUUCAAUAAAUUGUCUAAUGGAUAUUGCUUUUGGACAAAAUUCCCCAUUUUCUUUAUCGAAUGAACAGAAAACCCAAAAUAAUUCUGAUUCGGUUAAAGAUUGUGUUAUUCAAAUUUUAUCUGCGCCAAAGGGAUUACCUAAAAAUCUUCAAAUUUCUUCUAUCGGAAUUUUACUUGAAUUGCUUGUACAACGUCCUGAAUUACUUUUUGAAAUGAAUAUUGGGUUAAAUUGGUUUGUACCUACAAUUAAUCAAUCAGCUUUGGGAACAGUUUUAAUAAAUAUUUUGUCUAAAUGGCUUGAUUCUCCGAUUAUAAGAGAAAAAUGUAAAUUAAAAUUUGUUCAAUUAUUUUGUCCGUUUAUUUCUUUUGAUUCAAUACAAGAUCCUUCUGCCAAAAUUGACUAUUCACCUUCAACAACAUUAAUAGAAAAAUGCAAAAAUUCUCUUUUUAAUUUAUUGAUUACUUGGUCUGGUUUAUUUACUUUUUUCUCAAAUAAUUCUUCUAAUCGGCAGUUUGGUUUAUUUGCUAAUAUUGGGUGCCAAAUUGAAAAUUUGAACUCUGAUAAAAUAAAAAGUUGCACAAUAGAGCUAUUUUCUGAUUUGCUAAAUGUACCCUAUGCAAGACAUGAAUUUGUUGAUAAUAAUUGGGAAAGGGCUUUCUUUUUUUAUAAACAAAUUCGACUUCCCGAUUUGUUUAGUAUUUCUCUUCGGGAUGAUUUUUUGCUUGCAGAAAUUUCUUAUUUGGAUAACCAGAAAGACGAUUCCUUUAUAGAUUUAUUAGAAAUAUACAGAUCUGUUGUUCUUUUUAAAAUUGUUUCUGAAAAAUUACCUGAGGUUCUAAUUCGUUUAAUUCUGCAAAAUCCAGACUGCUCUAUUUCAAUCAAAGCAACAUUUUUACUUGCAGAUAUACUUUAUAUGUCUAAAAUACUUCCAAAAUCUGUCAGAAUUGAAGCAAUAAACAAUAAUAAUUUAAUUAAUUCUGUUGUUGAAUCAUUUAAUUUAAAUGAAAAUAUUUCUAAUAAAGACGAAAAGAAAAGGAAUUCUUUUCUUUUAAUUGAUCGUCUUAAUGAAGUCAAUAAUUUUUUAAAUAAACCAACAAAAUUAGAAUUUUUAACUUUAAUUAAUACAUUUUUAAUUGUAAAUUUAGAAGAAUUUAGACGAAGUCGAUCUCUCUCAAUAUUAAAUAAUAGUAGACAUUCAUCAACUACAGCCAAUUUUGAUGAUUGUAAUAAUAAUGUUAUUGGAGUUAUUGAAACUUUUUCUGAAGAACUUCCAGAUUAUUUUGAUUCAAAUAUUGAUAAAUUAAUUUCAAAUGUAUUUAUUACUCAACUGACUAAAAAAACAAAAAUUUAUAAAAACGUUAAUGUUCCAGAAAUUGCCCAACAAAAAUUCAAGAAAAAUGAUUUAUUAGAAGAUUCAAAUGAAUAUUUAAUAGAAAAUAUUGAUUGGAAUAUUUUUUGGAGAAUUUUAUCUUUUAUUGAUGAUAAAAUAAUCUCUUUUCAAAACAAGUCAACAAUUAUUAAAUCAACAAUUGACAAAUGUAUUCCAAUUUUUAAUCAGAUUUUAUAUUUAUUUUUACCUUCAAAUCAAUUUUUUAUACAAACCAAACCAUCAAUUCAAUUAAUUAAAUGUGGCCAAUAUUUUAUUCACCUAUUUUGUGCAUUCAAUUCAUCAACAUUUAUUGGAAAUGAUAAUAGUCAAUGGGCAUUAAAUAUGUUGUCGAACUUCAUAAACGACUUUUGCAAUCAAAUUAGUUUGGACAAAUCUGAAGCUGUUUUUAGUUCAAAAAAUUUAUCGUUUGGAGGCUCAUCGGUUUAUUUUGCCUUACUUCGUGCACUUUUAUCUCAGCCUUUUGGACAGAAAUUAUUUGACCAAACAGGACUUGGGCAAAUGUGA